AUGAACUCCCGCGAGCAGUCUGAUAUGCCUCCGGCGCCUUCUUACCCGUCUCCUAACGGGGCGCAGAUGGCUCAGGGUGUGCCAUCGUAUUACGGCAACCGCCAGAUGACCACUGACGAACUGCUAUCUGCCGAACUUUCGCGUGAAGCCUCCGGUCCCGGUCUCGGCGAAACUAACAAUGGCGUUCACCAUGGCCAGUCCAUGGUGUUGGGUUCCUCCAAUGCUACCGAUAUGGGUCGAACCUCUUCGGACGAUCAACACCAGCACCAGCACAUGCUCCAAUUCCCUCCGAGUCAACAGGUGGGUGUCGACCCAAACCAUGACUUGAGCUAUGGCGAACAGAGCGCGCGCAAGCGAUCAAAGAUCUCAAGAGCUUGUGACGAGUGCCGGCGAAAGAAGGUUCGAUGUGAUGCGAGCUCUGAAACUGGGCUUGAAACAUGUUCCAAUUGUCGACGCCUCGGUGUUGUGUGCCAAUUCAGUCGCGUCCCGAUGAAACGCGGUCCCAGCAAAGGCUACAUCAAAGAACUCGCCGAACGACUCCAUACCCUGGAAAAUCAGAUGCAGCCAGGCAUCGUGCAGCCUGACGUGCCAUACCAGUCCAUGAACGAGGUGUCUCUCCCAAGAGGGUACCAGGAUUUCGCAUCGCCGGUGGAGUCGAAUUCGGGCAAUCGCAAGAGGACAUACUCAGUGUUUGAGGGUCUCCCAAGUUCCUCGUUUGCGCAACCCUCGUUCAAUGCGCGCGUCUCGCAAAACGCCUUCGAUACUUCCGAGACAGCAGCAGACCCGUACAACCCAGCUGUUGCCAGCGGUAACGCACCGAAGCCUGGCAAUCUGUUCUGGAACCCAACAGGUCACGAGAAUGAUCUCCCCAGCGGACUCGAAAUGACGGAUUUGCCAAAGCAUGAUGGUGAUGACGACAUGAGACCAGUGACCCUGGACGAAGGAGCUCUUGAUGCCUAUUACCAAAAGAUUCACACUCUUCUGCCGAUUCUUCCUCACACGAAGGACCGAACACUGGAGCUCUUGCACCAAUGCAACCGGGAGGCACAGGAGAUUUUCUGCUAUGCGCUGUAUAGCGUCACUAGAACUGACUUGUCUCGCGUAGCAGGGACUUUCGAGAAAGUGAAUGGCUUCGAUAAUGCCCAGGAUCUGCUUAUGUUCCACACUCGCCAACCUUUGAUGAUCCACUCGACCCCUGUCAACCUUAUCUGGCUCCAGUCUCUUCUCCUGAUGAUCAUUGACUGUGACACUCGUGGACCGGACAACUUUGUUCUGAAGGAUGGUGUUCCCAAAGGGACCUUGAUUCAGGUUGCUAACAAGCUCGGGUAUGACCUGGCCAAGAGCCAAGGCCAGCUGAAGAACAAGCGCUCCUCGGAUCCCGAUGUUGACUCGGAUGCCAAUCUUACCAGACGUAACUGGGUUUCUUUGGUCAUUUUGGCCCGCUGGUACGCUAUCAGUGUUGCGGAUGCCACCGUUUUGGGUGGUCAUGAGAUCGGCGGUCGUGAAGAUGAAAGAGUCGUUGGUCAAAUCACAACUGGAAUUGCUUCUUACUCGACAUUCCUGUCGGAGGUGGUCACUUUAGCUAACGUUGACCACAACGUCUGCCAAACAAACUCCGGUCUUGGCCGUAUCAUCGGCGCGAAUCUAGUCUCGUCCCUGGAGCGUCUAGCAGAGAUGGAGGACAUCUUCCAGAUCCACGAGCUACCCGAGAAUUCAACCACUCGUCCACUUUACGAAAGCCUGCAAGCACAGCUAUACUGGACCGUCCGUCUGCUCAUCAAGCGUCACGUCUUUGUUUAUAGCCCGUACGAAAUUAUCUUCUGCGCGCAGGAAAUAAUCAACGAGAUGCACAAGUCGACCAUGCAAUCCCGCCUCCCUUCGCCUUUCGACCUGCACAGUCUAGCCCUCGCCUCAAUGACUCUUCUCGAGGCCACUGUCCUUCCAGAACACGCAAACGAAUGCUGGGCGAGUCUCGAAAAAGUUGAGGAAAUCCUCGACCGCCGCUCCAAGCGCUCAGCCGAGGGCGCCGAGUUCGACAACAUCUUCAGCACCCCAGAAUGGGACGCCAAGAUCCGCCUUUUCCUCGAAUGGCGCCGUAUCAAGUCCCAAGAGAGCCAGCUGCAGGAAGCCGAGAUCGGCGGCCUCGCCAAGUCUCAGCAGCCUGUCAUGGGCCCGAAUGAGCAGCGCUCUCUCCAGCAUUUGGCUGAUCUUGCUGUCGGCGCAGAAGGCUCCGUUGGCCAGAAUGCGCCAUCUACGCCCCCAUCGGGUCUUCCUACUGACGCCGAGCCGGACUCCAAUCUUGCUCCGCAGUUGGCUCAGUCACAGAACGGGACUGGUCGUGUUGUGGUUGACUUCACGAUGCUCACUAAGGAAGGAUAUCUGAACGUUUUCUCGGGGUUGAUCUAUCGUCGCACUCGUUAA